AUGGUCAAAGUUUAUUCAUACGCAGAUAGCACCGAUGUUGCCAAUUCAGUGGCUCAAUUCAUUUUGAAAGCUCAAGAUGAAGCACUCUCUUCAAAAGAUUCAUUCGAUAUUGCAAUUUCUGGUGGUUCAUUAGGUAAAGUUUUGAAAGCUGGAUUAAUUUCAAAUAAAGACAUUGCAUCAAAGAUUCAUUGGAAUAAAUGGAGAGUAUUCUUCAGUGAUGAAAGAUUAGUCCCAUUAGAACAUGAAGAUUCCAACUAUGGUUUGUUCAAUGAAGUUGUUUUGAAAAAUUUAGCACAUGAAGGGAUUCCAGGUCCAACAGUGUUUACUAUAAAUGAAUCAUUAUUACAUGAUACAGAUACUUCAAAUGAUGAUGCUAUUGCUCAAGAGUAUGCAAGUUUCUUACCGGAAUCAUUAGACUUGAUCUUGUUAGGAUGUGGUCCAGAUGGUCAUACAUGUUCAUUAUUCCCUGGUCAUAAAUUAUUAAAAGAAUACAGUGUGAAUGUUACUAGUAUUAGUGAUUCUCCAAAACCACCAUCAAGAAGAAUCACAAUUACUUUCCCAGUCUUGAAAGCUGCUAAAUCAAUUGCAUUUGUUGCAGAAGGUGAAGGUAAAGCUUCAGUUUUGAAAGAAAUCUUUAGUGAUAAGAAAACCGAACUACCAGCUGAAUUAGUUAAUGAAUUAUCAGUUCCAGUUUCAUGGUUUGUUAAUGAUGCUGCAGUUAAUGGUGUCAAUGUUACUACAUCUAAAUAUUGA